GGAAGUGCGUUGCGGUACCGGAUGUGAGGCGGGGCCUUCUCCGCCCCCUUGCCCCGGGCCAGCUUCCUAAAGCGAAAGAACCCAGCCGGCGUCUCUCGCGAUGGAGGCGGUCCCUUUUUCAGAGAGCUACCCAGCUGUGGAAAAUGAGCAUCUUCAAGAGACUCCGGAAUCCAACAAUAGCGUGUAUACUUCCUUCAUGAAGUCUCAUCGCUGCUAUGACCUGAUUCCCACAAGCUCAAAACUGGUUGUAUUUGAUACUUCCCUUCAGGUGAAGAAAGCUUUCUUUGCUUUGGUGACUAAUGGUGUCCGGGCUGCCCCUUUGUGGGAUAGUAAGAAGCAGAGUUUUGUGGGCAUGCUGACCAUCACUGAUUUCAUCAAUAUCCUGCACCGCUACUAUAAAUCAGCCUUGGUGCAGAUCUAUGAGCUGGAAGAACACAAGAUAGAAACUUGGAGAGAGGUGUACCUACAGGACUCCUUUAAACCACUUGUCUGCAUUUCUCCUAAUGCCAGCUUGUUUGAUGCUGUCUCUUCAUUAAUUCGAAACAAGAUCCACAGGCUGCCAGUUAUUGACCCGGAAUCAGGCAACACCUUGUACAUCCUCACCCACAAGCGCAUCCUCAAGUUCCUCAAGUUAUUUAUCACCGAGUUCCCCAAGCCAGAGUUCAUGUCUAAGUCUCUGGAAGAGCUACAGAUUGGCACCUAUGCCAACAUUGCUAUGGUCCGCACCACCACCCCUGUGUACGUGGCUCUGGGCAUCUUUGUACAGCACCGAGUCUCAGCCCUGCCAGUGGUGGAUGAGAAAGGGCGUGUGGUGGACAUCUACUCCAAGUUUGAUGUUAUCAACCUGGCAGCAGAAAAGACCUACAACAACCUAGAUGUGUCGGUGACCAAAGCCCUGCAACAUCGAUCACAUUACUUUGAGGGUGUUCUCAAGUGCUACCUGCAUGAGACUCUGGAAACCAUCAUCAACAGGCUGGUAGAAGCAGAGGUUCACCGACUUGUAGUGGUGGAUGAGAAUGAUGUGGUCAAGGGGAUUGUAUCCCUGUCUGACAUCUUGCAGGCGCUGGUGCUCACAGGCGGAGAGAAGCCCUGAGCCGGGGGAAGGGGUCGUGCAGCACCAGGGCAUAUGCCCUACUCACUGCCUGCCCAAAGCUCUGGGAACCACAGAUGAUACCCUUAGAGAAUUGUGACUCUGUUCCCUGCCCAGGAGCCCCCUACCCUUCUACAUGGAGGAGGGAUCGUGUAGGGGAGGAAGGAAAAUGGAUUUUUAGCUCUCCUUAUCCUCACCCUUGAGGAAAACUUUCAGCCUAGCCCAUCCUAGCCCCUUUCCUUUUAGACAUAGCCCCUUUUCUGGGUGACCUAUGGACUCUGUGCUCCUCAGGCAAAUCCUGAUCUCUAAGAGAUCCUCAGACCUCACCCAGCCUUUGCCUCUGUCCCUGACUCCACCCUAAGAUAAUAGGCACAACAGAACUCUGCAUAAAGAUGUUUUUAUUCAUCAUGUUUCAUGCUGUAUGGAGGAGGCUGAGUCCAUGUAGUGGCAUUUCUUCCUCUAAUGGGAGUGGGGAGGAUCAUGGGGAGGAGGGCCCUUGGCUUCCUGUGCUGUAUGCACAUGAAAGGAGAUGAGAGUUGCAGGGAGGGGGAGGGCAGAGUGGUUAGCUGAGGUUAUUGCUUUUCCUGGCAAACCUAAUUAAAAUGACAGGAGCCUCUUCAUGGUA